AUGGCGGACGAACCUGUUUCCCAACAGAAUGGAGCGAGAAACGGAGAAGGCAGCCCAUGCGGCUGCCCACCGGCAUCAAAACCGAUGAUUAUCCCGCUCAUAAGCGAUAUGCAUGUCCACCUCCGACAAGACGAAAUGGCGAAACUAGUUACCCCGACGAUCAAGCCAGGAGGAUGCCGGCGAGUCUUGGUCAUGCCCAAUACCGUCCCUCCGGUCACAACAUGUGAACAAGCCGCGGCGUAUAGAGAGCAGCUCAUCAGCCUGGAUUCGAGCGUGGAAUAUUUGAUGACGCUGUUCCUGUCUCCGGAGUUGUCGAUUGACGACCUUCGGCAGAAUGCAAAGGCCUGUCGCGUCGUGGGGGUGAAGAGCUACCCGAAGGGGGUCACGACGAACUCAGACAAAGGCGUUGAGAGCUACGAGCAGUAUUACCCGCUCUUUGAAGCCAUGGAAGAACUGGGGCUCACGCUCCACUUACAUGGAGAAGUGCCAGGGGUGGCCGCUCUUGAUGCAGAAGAGGCCUUCCUACCCUUCUUCGAGCAGCUUCACGCCAGAUUCCCUUCCCUGAAGAUUGUCCUGGAGCACGUCUCAACCGCCGCUGCCAUCCAAACAAUCAAGCGCAUGCCGUCCAAUGUCGGCGCCACCAUAACACCGCAUCAUUUGUUGAUAACGGUCGACGACGUCAUGAAGGCAGAGACUGUCAAGAUGGCCACAGAGUCGGGAGGCAACAGAGCCCUAUGCUGUGCCGGAGCGGUUGCCAACCCUCACAACUUUUGCAAGCCGUUGGCAAAAAUGAACGAAGACCGCGCGGCGCUACAGCAGGUUGUCCGCGAAGGAGAUAGCCACUUCUUCCUGGGAUCGGACUCAGCGCCCCAUCCCAGGACCUCGAAAGAAGGGUCCCCGCCUGCUGCGGGCGUGUUUACACAGCCACUUCUUCUCGCUUAUUUGACUGACAUAUUCGCAAAGCUUGGCUGUCUCUCCAAGCUUCGAAAGUUCGCGGACGUCAACGCGGCCACAUUUUUCGGCUUCGACGCAGCAACGUUGGAAGAAGACGCAGAGUGUGCUGUCAUCUACCCAGCACCCCAAACGGUUCCCGCGAUCUUCAACAUUGCGGGUCAGCCUGGGGAAGGAGUCGUGCCUUUUAUCGCGGGGAAGGAGCUGUCAUAUACAGUGACAGUCCAGCGGCUGACGUCUACCAUGCUCAAAGAGUUUGAGGAGUUAUGA